AUGCCUGAUAAUCUUACAAACGUUUCUGAAAGUCAGAUCUUUGCUGCAUCCAUCACAAAGACGCAAAAGAAAGGGACAAUAGCAGACAUUAUACAAACCAUUUAUUGCACAAUAAUAUCCUCUUUUUUAAUACUGCAUGAGUUUAUAUCACCUGCAUGGACACAGUUAUACUUUGGAUUCUUAUGCCUGAAUAGGGGAAAGGGAAUUAUCAUGUUAUUUCUUGGUUGUCUUAUCAUGUGUGAGAUUGCUUUCAAUAUCAUUGUAUCCAUCAUUACUUUUACAAUAGGAUUCAUAUACAUUAUUAUUUCCCUGAUAGCCUCUUUGCCACCACCGAAUAGUUUUCUUGUACAUUGGCAAAAUCAUAAAGACUUUUGGGCAGAGGGACUUGAUUUAGAAGUUGCUGCACGUCAACAGCCUGUAAUCUUUAUUGAUCCUGCUAUAGAACAGCCAUCUAUGUCCUUUUCAUAUCCUAACUCAAACUUACUUCAUCCUUCUGCUUGGCAUCCUACUGCAUCUAGAAUGAGGACUCGGUUAAAAUCAAAUAAAAUAUUAGACAUCAAUCUUUCAGAAGAAAAGUUUUAUUUUCCUGGUGAAACUAUUCGAGGCCAUGUUUCAGUUAAACCCAAAAGUUCAAUCAAAAUCAAUCCAAUUAUUAUAAAGUUUAUGGGAUCAAUUCAUAUAACAGCAAAGGAUAAAGAAGUCGUUCCACUUUUCGAGACUUGUAAAACACUUACUAUUAACGAUAGUAGGAAAUCAACUACGUUAGAAGCAAAACCUUAUUCAUUUCCAUUUGAGUUUACAGUACCUGAUAACUUACCAAGUGCAAUGGAUUUUGGUAAACUGAAAAUGGCUCGAAUUGGUUACAAAUUAAUUGCGAUACUCAAUAGACCCAUGAUGCCAGAAAGUUUGUGUCCCAAGAUUGAAUACCCAAUGAUUGUUUUAGAACAUAUAGAUGUUACAAGGGAAAGUUUUGUUAAUUCAGUUGAAAAGCAAAAAGAAAUACGAACAGUACGUAAUGGACCAUGCAAUAUUAAAUUAAGUAUUCCUCGAUCAGGCUAUACAAGAGGAGAAACGAUUCCUGUCAAUGUUGUGAUUACUACCUUUCAAAAAUUUGUUAAAAAGAAUUCUCUUGUUAUUGAUUUAAUUCGUAAAGUGAAAAUACAAACCACAAAAAAUAGUUUAGAUGAGGAACACAUAUUAAAAUCGAAUAAAUUUGAUUUAAAUAUUAUUGGUCCUUAUAACUUUUCUCAGUCUAUAACAAGUGAACUUUUGAUACGUACAACGCCUCCAACAACCCAAUUUAAAUGUUUAAACAUACAAUAUAAGAUUAGAGCAAGUCUAUUUACGGACAAUAAUACGAAUAAUAAAAAGAAAUUACCACUUUAUGCAUUAGAAUUGCCAAUUACAAUAGGCACUUGGCCUAGAGCUGAUAUACCUAUUGACGAUGAUGAUGACGAUGAUAUCAUUCAAAAUAUGGGUGAACUUAUGCUCUCUGACGAAACUGAUGACGAUGAAGAGGAAGAGGAGGAAAAGAGAUCAAGUAGUGGUAUAAGACAUUCGCAUUCAAAUGACUCUAUGACUUCAUCUAAUAUGCUUGAUCGUCGUAGUGUCUUGAUUCAAAAUAAAUCGUCAAUGAACAAUAAGGAUAAUUAUUUAAAUAGAUCAAAUUCAACACCGGAUUUAGUAGCUCAACUUCAACAAGGUAAAACUACAGUGAUUGAUCCAACUAUUCGAUUAUCUUCAUACGAUUCAGAUAGCAGUAGAUAUCAUCGAACGACUCAAUCCUUAUAUGUUAAUAACUGUUUGCCUCGGACUCAACAUCGUCGUAUAGAAUCAGACGAUUAUAGUCAUACAAAAUUCAUGAGAUAUUCUAAUGUUCCUAAUCAUACGCUUACCUUCUUAUCGUCCACUACUACUAAUACGCCAAAAAAGAUAACGAUACAAAAUCAAGAACUGACUAGUUCCGAGUCUGAUUUUGAUGAUGAUGAUGAUUUAUUUGCUAUUAUUGAAAAAAAGAAAAAGAGAGAGGAAAAAGAAUGGAAAAGAAGACAGCAAAGGAUGAUGUAA